GUAUAGAUCUCGUAUCAAGGUUUCAGUUCUGUGAAACGAAAAGAAUUUAAAAAAUUUUGAAAGAUUUUUUUGACCUACCUUUCCCUUUCAACGGGGCUUCCUCACCGCUGCUGGCCGCCUCUAUGUGUAUCCCUCAUUAGCCAUUAGAUCCCAUUUCGAAAUCUAGUUACAAAGGCCUUUCCCUGUUCCUUUUUUCUAGAAAGCUUGCAGAACUGUCUUUCUUUUUUGGAGCUCUAACUUGAAGAAAGGGAAACCCUAAAAAAUGGAGGAAUCCUCGAGAAUGAUCGACGUGGAGAAGCUGAUAUCUUAUAGCGACGAUCUGGUGGAGGUAUUGAAGGAUAAAAGGGACAUUAGCAACAUAACGCAGUGUUUCCAGCACUUUAACGAUCUCCGCUCGCAUUGCGACUCUGAUUCCAAGGAGAUUUAUCGGUUGCUUCAAGAAUAUGAAGAAAAGAUCGAAGCUUGCAAGAAGAAAACAGAGCAGGCAAAGUCUGAGGUUGCCGAUGCUGCUGAAAUGGAUCAUCUGCAUAAGGAAUUCCAAGAGGAACUGGAAAAAGAACUUCGACUCAAGGAGGAGCUUAGGGCUAUUGGCAAUGAGAUAAUUGAGCUGGAGCGCCAGAGGAUUUCUAGCGAAGAACAGAAGAAAAAGCUGAGGAAAUUUGAGCUAGACAAAUUCAAAGCACAGAGGAAGCUUUCGAUGUAUGCCUCUAUAACUAAUAUUAUUCCAGACAUGGAAGAUCAAUCCAAAAUCUCAGGCCAUAUAGUGGAUAGAGAUAGAAAGGUGAUAAAGAAGUUUGAAUUUGACCCAUCAAAGAUGAGUGCUUUUGAUGCUUGUGAUAGCCUAUGGAAGAUGAUAAAUUCCCAAUAGCAAUUGCUCAUACUUUCUAUUGUUGUUUCUUAGAGCCUUUUGUACUGGAUCAAUGUGUGUAAAAUGUUGGAUGCUUCCAUUUUAGCCUUUCUGUUAAAGAAUUCAGUAGUUUGGAAAGGGCUGUUUGUUGUUCAUGAUGAAUCAAAUUUGAUAUCUAUAAUAAUUGAUGACAUUUUUUUUUUA